AUGGCGGCGAAGUGCGGCGUAAAAUCCGCGGCGGCGGGGGCCUUCUUCGCCAUCCUUAUGGCGGUGGCCAUGGCGAUUGGCUCGGCGGACGCCACGAGCUCCCUCACGUCGUGGGCCGGGCCAGGGUGCUCGGGGCAGACGGCGACCGCGGGGUCCUGCGGGUGCAGCGACCUCCAGUUCUACGGCGGGCAGGAGUUCAGCUACCAGGGCCAGAUGGCCACGCUCUACACCGAGACCGGCUGCGCCGGCACGCCGUACCUGGUGUUCGAAGACACCGAAGCCUGCGGCGACUUUGGGUGGCGCAGCAUCAACAUCGACUGCUGA